AUGGACCCAGUACCUGGUUCUAGCGGCGUCCACUGGUCCAGCGUUCCUAGAUCGCCACUACCUGGUCUUCCUCUGAAGAAAGCGCGUAUCUUUGAAGGUUCCACACCGCGAGAGCUGUUCACGCAUCACGCAUCUGAGCAUACGGUCCUUCGAUGCCACCCAGAUGCCCACCGCCUCGUCCGCCGAGGAGAUGAUCGCGAGAUGCUCAUUUACGUGGACGGCUCCUGCCUAGACCAAAACGAUGCCACCAACGUCGACAUUCGCCGCGCAGGCUGUGCGUGGGUCUUCAAGCCUGAGCCGUAUGCUUUCGAUCAACGCAGUGUGGCCAUUCGUCUGGAGCUGGAGGGUCCGGAUGGACAGCAAUACCCUCAGACCAGCAAUCGUGCUGAGCUCCGUGCUGCUCUCGGUGCAUUGCGGUUUCGCGCGUGGGAUGGUGAAGGCUAUCAUAGAGUGGUGAUCGCUUCAGAUAGCGAGUACUUGGUUCUGGGAAUUACGGAGUGGAUUGAAAAUUGGGCCGAUAAUGGCUGGCGUACUGGUUCUGGGGAUGCUGUCAAGAACGAGGAUCUGUGGAAGGCAUUGCUGGAACGAAUCAAUCAUUUUGCGAAGAUUGGCUUGGAGGUCUUGUUCUGGAGGAUUCCGCGAGAGUUGAAUGGCGAAGCUGAUCAGGCGGCGAAGGCAGCGGCCCAGAACGAACCUGCAGUCGUGAAGUUCUCGAAUCUUCGAGGCGCACUCGUCUGA